CUUCCAUCUCAUUACUAUCUCAGCCUUGCCCCACUACCACUUCUCUCAGUCAACAUUUCCAACAUCAAGCACUGGCGAAGCACACGCCCACUAUCGCAAAACACCAAUAGUCACCGCAAGACCGUCUCGGGAGCAAAGACAGUAUGCCGCCAGUUCGCUCUCAUGGUUCGAGGCAGAGAAAGCCCCCGGCGGGGUUCGAAGAUAUUCGGGACAACCUCGAGGUCUUCAACAUCAAGAUGAAGGACGCGCAGAACACACCGACAGCCAAUAUCCCCAAGCACCAAGCGCAGUGGCCCGUCUUCCAAAUCCAUCACCAGCGGAGCCGAUAUGUGUACGAGCUCUACUACGAGAAGGAGGCUAUCAGCAAGGAGCUCUACGACUGGCUGCUCAAGAAUGGGCAUGCGGACGCCAAGCUCAUCGCAAAGUGGAAGAAGCAGGGAUACGAAAAGUUGUGCUGUCUUAGGUGUGUACAGACGAAAGAGACCAACUUCAACUCUACCUGCAUAUGUCGCGUGCCGAAAGCGCAACUGAAAGACGACACACAAGACGUACAGUGUGUUAGCUGUGGUUGCAGAGGCUGUGGUUCGAGUGAUUAGAGGGAUUCAUUUCGGCACAAAUUCAGGGUGGUUUGCAUGAUACAGGCGUAUGGCGUUUUGGACUGAGCGAAUCUGAUGGCUGUUACUCAGCUCACAGCCAUUGUACAUUUUUAGGAAUCGUAAUACCAGAAUCUGUUUGAGACAUUGGCGUGUGUCAGAUCGUUUUCGGUACCUGAAGACAAGAUGCAAGCUCUGUGAUAAUCUCAUGCUC